AUGAUUAGAUAUAUAACCGGAUCAUCAUUAAAACACACAUCAACAUUGACAAAAUCAUCAACCUCAUUGUCAUCAACAACAUCACCAUGUAAAUAUUAUUAUAGUUUGAAUCAACCAGUAUCGACAUCUUGUUAUUUCUACUCUACUGCAUCUUCUUUUUCUUCAAAGUCUUUGAGAAUAGCACUUGUUGGAGCACCUGGAUCUGGUAAAGGAACACAAAGCGCAAAAAUGGAAAGAGACUUUGGUUUGAAACCAAUCUCUACAGGUCAAAUUCUUAGACAAGUUGCAAGUGACGUUUCACCAUUGGGAAAGGAAAUCAAAGCUAUUUUGGAUUCUGGAAAAUUGGUAUCAGAUGAAUUCAUGUUAAAAGUGAUGCAAGAAUAUUUGGGUAAAAUGAAGGAACAAGGAUACCUUUUGGAUGGAUAUCCAAGAACGACAAAACAAGCAGAAGACUUGGACAAAUGGUUGGAAGAGAGAAAGAUGCCACUUGAUUUUGUAUUAUAUUUAGAUGUACCAGAAGAGGUGUUGAUGGACAGAAUCCAAGACCGCUGGAUCCAUCCAUCCAGCGGCCGUGUAUACAACUCUCAAUACAACCCACCCAAGGUCAAGGGUGUCGAUGACGUUACCGGCGAGGCCUUGGUCAAACGUUCCGACGACAAUGACCUCAAGGUUCGUGAACGUAUCGACACUUAUCAUCGUGAGACUUUACCCAUUCUCACUCACUACAAAACAAAAGGAAAAUUAUUGACUGUUCACUCUCCAAAUUCUGAUGUUGGUUAUGAAUCUAUUAAAACAAUCUUUGAAAAGUAUAAAUAA